CGGAGCUGACCGAAGAUCGGACCUCGGCUCGAGCAUAGAGACAUAAAUAGCUCGGCAGGGCAGCACCAAAUUCGCGCCUAGCACCUAGCUCCAAACCAAUCACGACUUGUAGCGUUUGCGAUACGAAAGAUCAGGCAACAUGUGCGACUUCUCCCAGUACGGCACCCCCUCGGCCGAGUGGCUGGCGCUGGAGCCGACCCUCCCUCCCUUUCCGGCGGAGAUGGCGCUGGCCGACCAGCAAAAGCUGAGCCACACGCAGCGCGAGACCCUAGCCGCUGAGGGCUUCGCGCUGCUGGCCGACAAGCUGGUGACGGCCGACUACGCCAUCCCGACGCGCGACGGCUCGACGGUGCCGGCGCGGACGUACCAGCUCAAGGAGACCAAGGGCCAGAAGGGGCUGCUGCCCGUGUACCUGCACCUGCACGGCGGCGGCUUCUACUUCGGCACGCUCAACUCGGAGGACGGCAUCUGCGCGCGCAUCGCGGCCGACACGGGCGCCGUCGUGCUCAACGUCAACUACCGCCACACCGACACGCACGCGUACCCGACGGCGUGGCACGACGUGCAGGACGCCUUCGCGUGGCUGCACGCCGACGUGGAGGGCCGGCUGGGCGGCGACCCGGCGCGCGUCGUCGUCGGCGGCAUCUCGGCCGGCGCGCACCUGACGGCCUCGCUGACCGUGGCCCAGCACCUGGCCACGCCCGGCUGCGAGGCCCUGGCCGCGCUGCCCCGGCCCGCGGGUGUGGUGCUGAUGAUCCCGACCACGGUGAUGUGGCAGUGCUACGCCGGGCACGCGGCGCGCCUGGCCGACCCGGGCGUGACGGGGUCGUACGCGCAGUGCAAGGACGCGCCGCUGCUGCCCGUGUCGAGGAUCCACCUCUACCUGGACCUGCUCAAGGUCCAGGACCACGACCCGGACAACCUGAUCCUCAACCCCGGCAACAUCCCGCCCGAGAAGGCGAAGGGCCUGCCGCCCGCCACGUUUGGCGUCGCCGGCCUGGACCCGCUCAGGGACGAGGGCCUGUUGUACGCCAAACUGCUGGCAGAGGCAGGCGUCCCGACAAACGUCAACGUCUUCAAGGGCCUCCCCCACGGGUACAGGCGAUUUAACGUCAAGCUUCCACACGGGUCCAAGGUCUGGGACGAGGUCAUGCACGGCGGCAUAAAGUGGGCUCUGUCCAACCCGCAGCCCGCGCCUUUCGAGAUCAAGGAGCAUUGACCAGGGCGAGAUGAUGUCCGGAAAGGAGGGAAGCCGCUGCAGGGACUGGCCCUAGCCGGCAUUGGUUCGGCGUCCAUCUUGGCCGCAGACGGCAGUGGGGCCAUCCGGCCGAUCCGACCAUGGGUUGCAGGCAGGGCUCGGUCGGGGGUCGGGGAGACGGGCCAACGGGCCACACUUGUGCUACCGCAUCGGCGGGACGGUGUCCCGGACUUAUAGUGGAGACAGGUAAGAGAUAGGCCGGGAGACCACAAGAGUGUUCCAGACAAUCGGGUGAUGAUGGCUGCCGUUGCCCUUGAGCAAGAUCCUACUCGAUACUUGGCAUAAUUCCAACAACUGAAUACAAAUUCUGCC